AUGAGCAACUCAUCCAGCAACCCUCUUUCGCGGACCGACUCACCCGCUCAACCAUCAUCAACCCGGUCAUCAACCCCGAGGAACAACGCCACUACAGCGGGGACAACCAAACAAGAAGUCCGGAUUCUCAUGCUCCACGGCUACACCCAAUCCGGCCCCCUCUUCCGCGCGAAGACGCGGGCCCUCGAGAAACUCCUCGCCAAAGCCCUCGCGCCUGCCGGCCUGGUCCCAACCCUGCUGUACCCCACCGCGCCGAACCGGUUGUCGGUCAGGGAUAUACCGGGGUAUGAACCGCGCCGUAGUGGUAGUAGUAUUGAGGAAGGCGGGGAUGCUGCUGAGGAGGUGGAUUAUGGACUGGGGCAGGCAGAGGAAGAGAAGGAGGAGAUUGACUCGUGGGCGUGGUUUCGGCGGGAUGAGGCCACGGGGAGUUAUAGGUUUGUUAGGGAGGGUAUGGGCAGGUUGGCUGAGGUUAUCAAUGCGUCUUCAUCUUCUGCUUCUUGUCCGAGUGGGAAGGGGGAUGAGCAGAGUGAAGAGGCAGGGGCAGGGGAGAAGGAGCAGCAGCCUGGGUUCAUUGACGGGGUGAUUGGGUUCAGCCAGGGCGGGUGCAUGGCAGGGAUGCUGGCGUCUGCUUUGGAGGAAGGGAGGACAGGCCAAGACCUGCCGAUGGAGCACACCGGUUGGGUGGGGGCGGUGCGGGAGGCGAACGGCGGGCGGCCGCUCAAGUUUGCCGUGGUGUACAGCGGCUUCUAUGCCGUGCCGGGGGAUCUGGCGUGGCUGUACGAGCCCAAGAUCAAGACGCCGACGCUGCAUUUCCUGGGCAGCCUGGACACGGUCGUGGACGAGAGCCGCAGUCGAGGGCUUGUCGAGCGGUGCGAGGCGCCCGUGGUCUUCACACACCCCGGCGGGCACUAUGUGCCCGUCAGCAAGGAGUGGGUGAUGCCGCUCGCGGGGUUCAUCAAGAAGUGCCUGGAUGGGGAGGGUCAAGGGAUGAAGCUGUAAGGGCGCGUCACUUGGGGCUGAUUGCAUUUCGGGAUCUGUAUGACUUUCGGAGUCAUGAGUCAAUCUGGCUG